CAGCUCCAGUUGAAGAGCAGCCAUGUCAGUGUGGGCAGUGAAGAACUGCUCCGCGUUGUCAGCAAGGUCGAUUUAAAAUCAGAAUCGCAGAAGAACUCAGUUCACAGAAUAAGAAACGCCGGAUGUGUGGAUACUCUUCUGUGUGAAUACAGCCUGGUAUUUGUUCCUUUACGGAUGAUGUCCAUAACCCAUUUUUGGCGUUGGUGAGUUUUUUCUUGCAACAAUGGCACCGCAUUCUAACGCGAAAUAUAAGCCGGUCUGGGUUUUCUUUGUAAGCUUCGGAAUAUGGAGCAGCGUCUGGGCCGUGACUCGUUACUCUAUUCCAGAAGAAAUGAAGGAAGGUUCCGUGGUAGCGAAUUUAGCGGCUGAUCUGGGACUCAGUGUUGGAGGACUGAAUAAACGUGAGGUAAAACUCGAUAUAUUAAAUGGCAAGAAAUAUUUGGAAAUCAACAAAGAAACUGGAGAACUGUAUGUUUUAGAAAAGAUUGAUAGAGAGCACAUAUGCAACAUGAAGUCAUCGUCAUGUUUGCUUAAAAUGGAUGUUACGAUAGAAAAUCCUAUAAGAAUAUUUAAUGUUGAAUUCGAAAUACUUGACAUUAAUGACAACGCGCCUCGUUUUCGAAAGCAAACAAUGCAUCUGGAUAUUUCUGAGUCGACCUUACCCGGGGAGCGGUUCUCUUUAAACAAUGCGGUUGAUCCUGAUAUGGGAUCAAAUUCGAUUAAAACGUACCACCUGAGCGAAAGCGAGCAUUUCAAUUUAGAGAUUCAGUCAGGAAGCGAUGGAUCAAAAUAUGCAAACCUUGUUUUGAAAAAGGCUCUGGACAGGGAGAAGCAGGCUGUGCAUAAUCUGAUACUGACCGCUGUAGACGGCGGAGUCCCUGCGCGAUCGGGCACCGCCAGCAUCAUUGUUCGUGUGCUGGACGUGAAUGACAACGCCCCUCAGUUUGAUCGUAAGAUUUACUCCAUUAAUGUUACCGAGAACACGCCUAUCGGAUCCCUCGUAUUGAGACUAAACGCGACGGAUUUAGAUGAAGGUUCAAACGCAGAGGUAAGCUAUUCUUUUAUGCUUUACACCUCAGAAAAGGUUCAGGACAUGUUCGAAUUGAAGUCGAAUACGGGGGAAUUAAAAGUAAAAGGCGUGAUUGAUUUUGAGGAAAUACAAACAUUUGAGAUGCACAUUCAGGCUCAUGACAAAGGGUAUGAUCAGCUUUCUGGGCAGUGUACAGUAAUAGUAUUUGUUACAGAUGUUAAUGACAACCAUCCCAUAAUCGCCAUCACGUCUUUGAAGAACACAGUAAAGGAGGAUGUUCCGAUAGGUACAAUGAUAGCCCUCAUAAGGAUUAGUGAUAGAGACUCGGGGGAUAAUGGUAUGGUUGACAUUACAAUUAACGAGCAUUUGCCGUUUCUAUUAAAUAAAUCGUCUGAGAAUGAUUUUGCCCUAGUUGUUUCCGAAUCUUUGGACCGUGAGAAAGUUGCAGAGUAUGAAAUCACCCUUGUUGUUACUGAUAGAGGCAUGCCUCCAUUAUCUGAUAAUGAAACUAUUACUUUGGAGAUUUUUGACAUCAAUGACAAUGCGCCACAAUUUCCAAAGUCGUUUUUUACUAUUCCUGUGAUGGAAAACAAUGCACCGGGGUCUUUGUUGAGUUCAUUGGCAGCGUAUGACCCAGAUCUACAUGAAAACCAAUAUUUAGUUUAUUUUAUUAUAGAGAAGGAAAUAGUUAAUACUUCCAUGUCUAUGCUAUUUUCCAUUAAUCCAGAGAAUGGUGACCUUUAUGCACUAAAAACAUUUGAUUAUGAGAGAGAGAAGGAAUUUCUGUUUCAUAUCGAAGCCCGAGAUUCUGGUGUUCCUCCACUCAGCAGUAAUGUGACUGUCCAUAUCAUCAUUGUGGACCAGAAUGACAACACACCAGUUAUAGUGUCUCCAUGGAGCGCACAUGGCUCUGUGGUUGAGGAAGUGAUUCCAAGAUCCAUUGAUAAAGGACACCUGGUUUCCAAAGUUAUCGCCAUUGAUGGAGACUCAGUGCACAACUCUCGGAUCACAUACCAGUUCCUACAGCUUACGGAUGCUACGCUGUUCAGUCUGGACCAAUACAACGGGGAGAUUCGGACAAUGAGAAUGUUCAGCUACAGAGAUGCUCGUCACCAGCGCAUGGUUGUUCUAGCCAAAGACAAUGGAGACCCUGCUCUCUCUGCCACCGUCACCAUCAAGUUAUCGACUGUGGAACAGGCCGUUAAAGUCUAUUCUGACACCAUGGAGGUACCUUUGGAGUACGACAUCUUCUCAGACCUAAACCUCUACCUGGUGAUCAGUUUGGGUGCAGUUUCAUUUCUCUUACUAAUGACAAUAUUGGUCACCAUCGUGCUGAAGUGCCAGAAACCAAAACCCACCAAAGCGGCUCCUCCUGUAUGUAGGAACAGCAUCAUCAGCCAGAGGAACUCUACUAUAGCGGAUUCCACCCUGAUCUCCAGUGAUGCCUACUGGUACAGUCUGUUUCUAGCAGAGACCAGGAAAGGGAAGGUGGUGGUUAGGCAGCCGGUACCCAAGGCUGGAUACCUCAUUUCCAGUAUACCCAGGAGCACAGGCCUGACAGAAACCAGUGAAUCUGCUGCCUCCACACUGCAGGUGAGACUAAAAGAUACUUUGAAGUGUAUUCUCAUGUUUUUGUUAGAUUUUCACACAAAAAAAUUGUACCACGAAUUAUAACUUUAUAUCUCAACCAAACAGUUAAUUAACUUGUACAUUGCACAUUUUCUCUUUAAAUCCCAGGAUAGUGUCUCCUCUUUCUCCUCUUACAACAUUCACUUACCUUGCCCA